GUUGAGAUGAGGGGUAAAAUUUUUAAAUAUUUACCCCCACCAUAUUGACCCUUAUUGGUCGACGCCUGACGGCGGUCCGCGCACCCCACUUUGGGAACCAUCGCACUCGCACGCGUCCCACUCGCGUGGUGUUUUUUGGGGGGAGAGCGCGGGCACGUGACUCGGGAGGCAGCAGCCAGCACUCCGCCGCUGCUCGUGUUUUCUUUUUUAGCUCCCGCGGACGCCGGACGGAGAAGCGAGAGGGACGGGGGAGGACAGAGACCGAAGAUAAGAAGAAGAAGAAGAGACACUCGCCGAGGGACAGUCUCCGCUCGCUGCGUUGAAACUCCGCCGACUCCUCCUCCUCCUCCACCACCAGACGCGGCUGGCGCAUCAUGGACGGUUACGGCAGGAGCGAAGACGAGCUGUUCUCCUCCUGCCUCCUGAACCUCACCUGGGAGACGUGCUACGAGCAGUGUGCUGCCUUGGUUGGUGAAGACCAGCCUCUCUGCCCAGACCUCCCUGAACUUGACCUCUCAGAGCUGGAUGUCAGUGACUUAGAUGCAGACAGUUUCCUGGGCGGCCUCAAGUGGUACAGUGACCAAUCAGAGAUAAUUUCCACUCAGUAUGGGAAUGAGGCGUCCAAUCUUUUUGAGAUAGAUGAAGAAAAUGAGGCCAACUUGCUGGCAGUGCUUACAGAGACCCUGGACAGCAUCCCGGUGGAUGAGGACGGAUUGCCUUCGUUUGAGGCCCUGGCAGAUGGGGACGUGACCAAUGCCAGUGACCAGAGCUGUCCUUCCUCUCCUGACGGCUCACCACGCACCCCCGAGCCUGAGGAGCCUUCCCUGCUGAAGAAGCUCCUUCUGGCACCCGCAAACUCCCAGCUCAGCUAUAAUCAAUACACAGGUGGCAAGGCACAGAACCAUGCAGCCAGCAGCAACCACCGGAUCAGACCACCACCUGCCGUCGUCAAGACGGAAAGCCCCUGGAAUGGCAAAGCUAGAGGGGGCUCCAGCCAACAGAACCGCCCGGUGAGGCGGCCUUGCACUGAGCUGCUGAAAUACCUAACAGCCACCGAUGACAUCCUGCUCCACACCAAAGCCAGCGAAGCCAAGAGCGCCUGGGGUGGUGUCAGUAGCAGGGACAAGAGUGGCCUGGGUCUCGGCGCCUCUUCUUCCUCCUCCUCCUCACCGUCCUCGUCGUCCACCUCCUCGUUCUCCUCCCUCUCCUCCACCUCUUCCUCCUCCUCCACAACGUCCAAGAAGAAGUCAGCUGUGCCGUCUCAACAGCAGCAGCAACAGCAGCAGCAGCAGCAGCAGCAGCAGCAGCCGCCGCAGCAGCAUCACCAGCGAGGUGAGAGCCGGGCUGCAGGCGAGUGUAGUAUGGCUGGUGUUGGGGCUGGGAAGUGGCAGCGUUGCACUCGCGAUGACGGUGUUGAGGAGUCGGAGGGUGCUUCUAUCCCUGUCGGCCACAGGUCCUCCACCUGCGGCCAUGCCCGCCCCAAACUGGAGCAUGGGCCGCCCAGUGAAGAAGGAAGGCCGCCAGGCGAUGCGGCCCGCCUGGCCGCCGCUAGGUUUAUUAGGUAUAUGCAUUCUUAUUCCCUCCCUCCCCGAGAGGUGAGUCACAGCUGUGAGCAUUGCCGAGAGGCUGCGGGCGCCACUCAGGCUAGCGAGGGCUUUGGCAGACGAGGCCGCAGUAACAGCAGCGGUGCCGGCCGAGCACCACAUAGGCACGUCACGGUGACUAUAAAGAAAAGAGAUGAGAAGCCGGGGCACCCUUUACUCAGCCAGCUGCUCACCUCCAAACACAGGCCCGCUCAAUAUCGGGCCCACCUACUCCCACCAAAGAUCACCCCUUUACGUAGCACUAAGAGCAAAUUAGACGUUAAGAGGUCCGAGGGCCCGGCCCGAGCCGUUUCUAAGGUGGAAGAGAAGGAGCUGAGAGGGACUGCGAUUCAGAGAAACCAGGGAGGAAGUCACGCUCUAGACCUUGACUCAGUGCCCCUGCUGUCACCUCUUACCUUAGACCUAGAGAGCUGGGUUAGCCAGUCAGACCCGGGGCUAGACUUGGGCUUUGGACUAGAGCUGGGGUGGCCGAACCUUGAGGGCUAUGGGGAGGAUGUUGACCAUGAUGAUGAUGAUGAUGGUGUUGUUGAUGAUGAUGAUGACCAUGUCAUGGGAAGCCCUGCAGCGGUGCUCUCACAGGGGCCGCCAAGCCCACUCCUCCCAGACACUAGCAUUGCAGAGCCCACCCCUCCCUGCAUCAUAGAAGGGCAAGGGCACCCACACAGGCAGGCACUCAGCGAGCACCCCGAUGACCAGGGCCACCCGUUGUUAGCCAAACCAACCACCUUGCCACUUCCUUUGACCCCAGAGUCUCCAAAUGACCACAAGGGAUCCCCGCUUGAGAACAAAACCAUUGAACGCACAUUAAGUGUGGAGAUUGCUGGAACCCCAGGUCUGACACCACCUACCACGCCCCCACACAAAGCCAGUCAAGAGAAUCCUUUCAAAGCAUCUCUCAAAACCAAGUUGUCUUCAUGUUCCUCCUCGGCCUUGACAUGCAAAAGAGCCAGGCUGAGUGAGUUGGGCCCCGGCGCUCUGGCCCCGGCCCCAGGUGCCUCAGGCGGGGGCCCCAGCAGGAAGGGCCCCGAACAGACUGAGCUUUACGCCCAGCUGAGCAAAGCGUCCACCACCCUCCCUUACUCCGUCGCUCAGCACACAGUAAGGGGUGGCCUUGAGGAGCAUUGCAGUGCUGGCAGCAGCAAGAGGGCCACGCCCCGUCGCUACAGUGACCAUGACUAUUGCCAGGCGUCAGCCGGCGCCAAGAAGGACGGGGGCACUGCAGCCGCUGUUACCGUGACUCCAGCCGUGGAAAUGACAUUCACCUCAGGUGCCACCGCUGCUCCCGUUCCCGCUGAGGGCAAGGCGGAGAACAGGCAUGUGGAAUGUAAGGACUCAGCCAUGCCACCAUCCUCUUCAUCGUCUUCUCGUUCGCCAUCGUCAGCUUCACCCGGCCCUUUGGCUAAGCGGCAGAGUCUGGCCGCCGCACAAGGAGAAGAAGAAGAAGUAGCGGCCCGCGUCAGGUGUUUAGGGGAGCAGACCCUUACGCACACCACUCAGACCCCCCCACAAGAGCCCACUACCGACAGGGACCAACAACAUUCUUCUGCCACCAGCCGGAAGCUCCUGUGCGACAAGGAAAUCAGAGCAGAACUCAACAAGCACUUUGGCCACCCCUUAAAAGCCCUCUAUAGCCAGGGCGGCCAGGAGAGAGAACCAAGCAGCAAACCGAACAAGGCUACAACCCCUCAGUCCCUCGAGGGGGGAGAGGACGACUCCUCCCAGAGGCAGCCUGGCUCCAGCUACCUGCACCCAGGGUUUCUGCCCUUCCACGACGAGCUAGAGCUGGGUGAGGGCCGCGAGAAUCGCUUCCUCUAUCCUUGGGAGGGCACCCCUCUGGACCUACUUUUUGACUGCUCCCCCUGCUCUCCCUCCUGUUCCCCACCAUCCAGCUGCUCCCCUUCACGAGGCUCCGUCUCCCCACCCUCCUCCCUCCUCCUGUCACCCAGCAGACACUUCUGCUGGACCAGCGGCGGGUCCCGCUCCCGUUCCCGUUCUCACUCUGGCUCCCGCAGCUCCUCCUCGCGCCACCGCAGGCGCUCCCUCUCCAGUUCACCUGACAGACGCCCCUCCUCCUGGUCUCGUCACAACUCAGAUUUGAAUGCUUUUCGUUCCAGGCCUCACAAGAGCCCCCACCCUCAGUCUCGCUCUCCUCUCAGCCGCAGGCCAAGGUAUGACAGCUACGAGGAGUACCAGCAUGAGAGGCUGAAGAGGGAGGAGCACCGCCGGGACUACGAGAAGCGGGAGUUUGAAAGGGCCGAGCAGAGGGAGAGGCAAAGGCAAAAAGCAAUAGAGGAGAGACGGGUGGUGUACGUGGGGCGACUGAGGUCCGACUGCACCCGGACAGAGUUGAAGCGCCGCUUUGAAGUCUUCGGCGAAAUAGAAGAAUGCGCAGUGAACUUGAGGGACGACGGGGACAAUUUCGGCUUCAUCACGUACCGCUACACCUGUGACGCCUUUGCCGCCCUUGAGAACGGACACACCUUACGCAGGUCAAACGAGCCGCAGUUCGAGCUGUGCUUCGGCGGACAAAAGCAGUUCUGCAAAUCGCAUUACACAGACUUGGAAACGGUGCCCUGCUCAACACUAACCACAGCCCUGUUUGCCUCCCCCCCCUCCCUCCCCUCAGACUCCCACUCGGACGACUUUGAUCCAGCCUCCACAAAAAGCAAGUACGACUCCAUGGAUUUUGACAGCUUGCUGAGGGAGGCCCAGCGCAGCCUGAGAAGGUAACCAGUUCAGUGGCACCUGCCGUCUGUCACAAAGAGGGACUUCUGAUACCUCACUGUUGUCUCUCGCUCCUUUGACGACGAGACUACCAGAAGUUUUACAAUCUGUCAUAGAGUAUAUAAGAAUAAGUCUAUAGACCUAUAUCAAUAUAAAUGAAUAUAUCAAAAAUAAAGUUUACAUGAACAUAGCUGCUGAAGAGCUGGGAAGAGACAUUCUGGGAAAGCCAGUGAACCCUCAGAAUCUGGUGCACGGGUUUGGUGCACUCCACUGCUGUACAACCAUCAGCGAAAGACGAAGAGAACAAAAACUCAAGAUUUUUUUUCUUUUCCUCUCCAAGCACUACAGUCCCCACAAUUCUUUUUUUUUUGUUUUGUUUCUGGGGAGGGGGGGUUGAAAACAUGCAGCUUGUUCGGCCAGAUUUAGUUUUCUUCUGCUGUUGAUUGUCUUUUUUUUUUGUUCUUUCUUUCUUUUUAAAUCUGGUGUUUGGAUUUGGUGUUACAUGAAGAGGGAAUUGUAUCUUGGAGGUAAAAUUCUCAAGGUAACAUUGUCGUCUACGUUUUCAGGGGAAAUGUGGCCGUGUAUUUACAAAUGCUAUAAAAAGGAAUAUUUUUAUUUUGUGUACAUACGGAAGUUCUUUAUUUGUUACAGCUAUGCACUGUAAAACGCAGCCUUUUUUUAAAAUGAGGAGAAAAUUUCUUAAUUCAGAAUGUCGAAAUCUGUAGUAAAUACAAUACUGUAAGACAUAUUGUACAGCUACAUGAUGUUUAGGAGACAUGACAUGAUUGUAAAAAGAUUUAAGAAGAAAAAAAUAACGUCUGAUUGCUCAUUUUGAGGGAGCAUGUGAACAAAUGUCCUUUUUUUAAGUUAUUUUGUUGGGGGGGGGACUAAAAAAAAUGUCAAAACCAUGUAUAGUUUUCUCUGUUUAUAAAGUUUCUCAAUCAGUGUUUUUUGCUUAUACAACCAGUGUAAAAUGCAUUUUUAACGUGUUUUUCAUGAUUGUAAAAAAAAAAGUACCCCAUUUUUUAUUAAUUAUUUCUGAAGCAAUCAGUAUAUAUAUAUGUAUGUAUAUAUAUGUAUGUGUACAUAUAUAUAUAUAUUUUCAUUUUGAUUUCAAUGCUUUGUACGUUCUUGUUUGAUUACCUUAGAGAGAAAACCGCUUUCAAAUCUUUUCAAUCACUACAAACACAUAUUUAUCUAUUUAUUUUAAUAUCUGAAUCAGAAGUAUUUAUGGACUCCAUUUCACAUGGCGUACCUCAUGAAAAUUUAUUUGCUAUUUAUGUUAUGUCCUUCGAUUUUAUCUUAUUUUAUUAUUUUUUUUUGGUUCUGUUAUUUAACGUGUAAUCACUAGACAGGGUGUACAAUAGAUGGUUUGGUGGGGUUAAUAAUAUUACCUUCUAUGCCUUUCAGAAACAAUCAAAACAUUCAGCUUAAUCAGUCCAGCAGUCAGCUCCUCAUCCUUUUAGUACUUUUGUCACAUCCGCACCACAUGCCGCACCAUGUUUUUUUGUUUUGUUUUUUUUCAUACAGAACAUGAAGCAAUAAAAUGAUUUUGCAGGAAUUUUGUUGUACCACUGUAAAACACACGCCCGACGUCGUCGCUCCACUCACGCUUGAUUAUUAUGUCAAUGCCAAACAAAAGUUUACAAUUUCCUUUUUCCUGAAUUUUUUAGAAAAUCUUGUAUUUGAUGUACAAAUAUAUAUAUAUAUAUAUACUACUAAUAUUAUUCACAACAAUUACAAGAUGAUUAUUAUUAUUAAUGAUAAUGAUGAUGAUAAUAUAAAUGAAAGAAGAAAAAAAAACUAUAUAAAAAGCAAUAAAUUAUUUUUCAGAGUUGUAUUUUAGCUCCCACUGUUGUGUGAUUUUCGGACUUGACCCAUUACCCAGUCGCUGGUAGCUAGGACGACUCCAUUCCAGUGUCUUUGGCAUCUCGUCACCAUGACAACGCGGCCCUCGCCUUGCUCUUCCCUUUAAGAUGUAACCCGAGUCUAUGUGAUUGUAACGCACGCAUCACCCUGUGACAUCUGUGCAAACGUGACUCUUAACUCCGACCUGUGUGUGCGCGUGUGUGUGUGUGAAAAAAAAAAAGAAGUGUCAAGUUGAAACUGUUUGUUGUGUAGUGCAUGGCUAUUACAGGAUGGCAGCACACGACGCAGCACGUACCACUUUGGAUACGUGCUGCCUCCGAGGCUGCCUUAACUGGCACAUUUUAAACGACAUUCUAUAAGCAUAGAGAAAACUACUCGACAAUGUAUCGCAUGCCGCACCACUACCCCCCCCACCCUACCCCACCAAUCACCCCCACCCCACCCCACUCACAGCCCAGAUAUCACAGCGCCGUCGACAUGACAUAAAAGGUAACCUUGCGGUUUCUGGUUCAAUUAAUAUCCCGUUUCUAGCGCCAGCCAAGUAAUGAGAGAACCAGCUUCCAUCACAGGAAGAGGAAAAAAAAAAAAAAAAAAAAAAAAAAAUCUUUUUUUUUUGUAUAAAAGCUUU